UUUGGCUACCUCCAUAUCUGAAAUUAAGGGUGUAGAGUUACUGGAAAAUCGAUCUUUCAUCGGGUCUUUUUUAGAAACUGAUAAUUUUUCUUCUAAUGAACUGCGUCAAUUUUUAUUGAAUACAUAUAAUGUUCAAGAAUCAAGUAUUACUGGUUUUGAACGAUUUCUUGGUGAGUUCUUACCACUACAAAAAGAACAUUUAAUAAUUUCAGACGAAUUAUUAAGUUUGCUGAUAGAAUAUUAUACAGCAGCUUAUGUGACAAUGAACUUUAGAAAACCUUUCACUGAUGAUUUUAAAG